AUGCAUAAAGUUAGCGCAAAAAUUCAUGGAAAAAUUAGACAUAGAGUUGCUGAGAGAACACGAAGAACUGUGCCCGCUUUUGGGUUGUUCCUCGACCAGGCCCUGCGCUGCUCCCGCUCCUGGCCUCACGCGCACAGCAGCUCGCAUCGCCCACCACCGUCGCUGCUGCCCCUCGACGCUCACCUGCGCUCCUCCUCCGCGCGCUGCAUCCGGCUCCACCCCAGGCCGCACCACCACUCCCCGCCCACCUCGCGCCAAGCUCCGCUGACGGCUGACCUGCUCUUGGCCGAGCCCAGCACCAGGCCGCUCCUCCGCUGGACGCCGGCCCAAGCCCCGCGCGCGCUCAGCCGCCCUUGGCGGGUGCACCUGUCCUGUCCAGCGUGCAAAGAAAAUAAGGCAGCGCUCUCGCAGCAAAGACCACCACAUCGAGGAACAAUCAACCGCACGAAACCGAAACCCUAUCCCUACCCCCUCCCUCCCUCCCUCCCGCGUUUCUUCGUGCUCACCGGUUCCAUGGCGCUGUCUCCCUCCAGCAGUCGUCGGCAGGAUGUGCCCCCCCGUGAUUCGCCACCGGCGGGGGACUCUCCGCCUCCCACCUCUCAGGCUGGAUCCAGCAAUGGAGCAAAAGCUGAGGUUCCUAGGAAGACGAAGGAAGGAAUUGAUCAUUUGUUGACAAAAUUAGAAAAAGAAGGAUUGGAGAUAGAUGGCAAGAUAGCUAGAAUUAUUGAUGAUGGGUUAGCUAGAAUUGAAGCUCAAGCCGCGAGAGAGAACAUCAAUGAACCAAAAGACAAGGUGCUGGUCAUGCUGCUCACUAUUACAUCUGUUACUGUUGGUUUCCUCCUGGGUAUGGAAUGGCAAGAACGUAUCAUCCUUAAGGAACUUGCCAAGAGGAGACGUGCUUAGUUUAAAAGCCUAAGGCUUGCGGGUUUAUGGUAUGUAAAACCAAGUAGGUAACCAUAGGAAAACACUGUUUGCUUAUUAUGAUAUGCAAAACCUAAGUUUUCUGUUUCUUGUUGUACUGUGUUUUCUUGGCAUGUAUAAUGUAACUCUUAUUUGGUACCAACAUAUUGCUGCUCUAAGCUGCGUGGAGCAGGUGCUUCGUUAAGUACUGCAGGUUAAUUAGUGUUUGGUAAUUGAA